AUGGUGGCUGCACCGUUCCUGAUGUCUUCACUAUCCCUGGACUCUGAUGACAGAGGGAAACAAGUACUUGAAAUUGGGCUUGGCGGUGGAACAUUCGACAUGGGCCUACAUGAGUAUAAACCGUAUGUUAACAUCACUGCUUUGGACAUUGAUGAAUUAGCUGUGAAAGUUGCAAAGAAAUGGUUUGGUGUUGUGGAUUCGGAGUACCAUCAUUCCAUUGUUCAAGACGGCGUCGUGUUUUUGGAGAACGCCCUCGCAGCA